AGUGGCGGCCGAGGCGCGAACACUUACCGACCAAGUGGCCACGAACCCGCAGACAUGUACAAACUGACCGCUUACACUAUCGCGUGUCUCCUUAUCUCGCUCGACGCACGAUCCGUUCCAGACAAUUACAAUGAAGAAAGAAGAGCUUUAUUAGACGAAGAGACGAUAACAGCAGUAGGAGGAAGAAUAAAUUUAAACGAAGAUGAAAACAAAGCAAAUGAUGUACUAAUGAGAUGGAAGAUGAGAGAACUCAACGAUUCCUACAUCAAUCCACAGCAUUUCAAUUUCUCCAAACACUACUUUUCCUACAAGAAAGAUAUAGAAGACUCGAAGGUGUAUCAAAUAAUCAGGCGCAUGCCGAAGGGUGCAGUGUUACACGUACAUAGUUCUCUUAUGUUACACGCGGAUAUGUUAGUGAAAUUGACGUAUGAAGAUCACUUGUACGCCUGUCACACUUACGAUGAUUUAAAAUUACAAUUCUCGGAGACGACCCCAGAGCGACCUUGUCAAUCUAAGUGGACUCUUGUUAGUGAUAUGAGGAAUUCUUCCGGAGAUCCAGCCGCUUUUGAUUCACAAUUGAAGAAGUAUUUCACACUGUAUCGCGAAGAUGGAGAGGACUUUAAUUUUGUUGACAUCAACACAGUUUGGCAAAGAUUCAACAAAGUUUAUUACGUCAUAAAAUCUUUGAUCUCUUAUAGACCGGUUAGAGAGAAAUACUGGUAUGCAACACUGGAACAGUUCUACAACGAUAACGUUAUGUAUAUAGAAGUUCGUACAGGCUUACACGGCCUAUACGAGUUGGAUGGCACACAGCACGACAAGAAAUAUUUAGUGGAACUCUUCAAGAAUGUAACUAACAAGUUUAUCGAAGAUCAUCCUGACUUUAUUGGAGUGAAACUGAUUGUAACAAAACAUAGGGCUCUUAGCAUCAAUCAAGUGUUUGAUGCUCUAAAUCUGACGAGAGCAGUUAAAGCUGAAAUGCCUGAUAUGAUAGCAGGGUUUGAUCUUGUCGGUCAGGAAGACAUAGGAAGGCCAUUGACAGAUUUCCUUCCUGUACUGUCGGAGGCUAGAAACGACAUAAACUUCUAUCUACAUGCUGGAGAAACUGCCUGGUUAGGAACAUCAGCUGACGAGAACUUAGUGGAUGCUAUUCUUCUAGGCUCAAAGAGAAUAGGACACGGGUACGCUUUAACAAAGCACCCGAGUCUGAUGUCUGCUGUGAUCAAAAAAGACAUUGCUUUGGAAGUGAAUGUGAUAUCAAAUGUGGUGUUAUCGUUAGUGCACGAUGUGAGAAAUCAUCCCUUGGCUUCAUACCUAGCUAUGGGACUCCCUGUGGUGCUGAGCAGUGAUGAUCCAGGAGCUUGGAGCGCAAGACCUUUAACUGAUGACUUCUUCGUAGCUUUCAUGGGAAUCGCAAGUCAACGUGCAGACUUGAGGAUGCUUAAACAACUUGCUUUAAAUUCCAUAACUUAUAGUGCUUUGGAAGAUGAAGGUAAAGAGAGACUUUUCAAAGUUUUUAGUAAGAGAUGGGAUACGUUUGUAAAGGAUAUCAUUUCUGAUAAAUCUUUGUCAGAGAUAGAUUUUGACCGUAAUGUUGAUUGAGUGUACCUAUUGCGAGUGUGAAAGAUUAUCGAUAAUAUUUUGAAAUAAUAAGUUGUAGAUCUUUUGAAAAUGAUAGGCAAAUAAUUGUCUCAUAGAAAGACUUUCAAGAAGCCUUCGAUUCGUGUAACGUGAAGUUAGAAAAUUAUAUAGGUAAAGAGUUGUGUAUUUUGUGAUGUUAGGCUAAAAGUGUUGCCUUUAGUUUCUUAAUACGUACUAUUGUUUGCUUAAUUAUAGACUUUAUUAGUGUCAGCUUAAGAUUGUAAACAGAUUUCUCCGUGGAGAAGGUGUCGAAAAUCGUUUGAGCUAGAACUAUUUUCUUUAGAAAUUCAAAGUGCUUGAAUGAAUAUCGCUAAACUCCGACUGUUUUAGUUUAAGGCAGAUUUUAUUUUUAAUGUUUAUAAGAUAUAAGAUAGUUUAAGUUAAAACACGUAAGUAUGUCUAAUGUAAUUAUUUUAAUUAUAAUUUAUUAGGUACUAGCUUUUGCCCGCGGCUUCGCUCCCGUCAACUGACUUCUCUACUUUACCCUAUUCUUUUCCUUUCAUAAGAACCUUCUCCUGACAAUAACAAACACAACAAAAAAAGAAUUAGCCAAAUUGGUCUAGGCGUUGUUGAGUUAUGCUCUUACCAACACAUUUUGCGAUUCAUUUUUAUAUUAUAGAUUAUGCCUAUAAGGAAAAAGACGACGCAAUGCAAUGACCUAUAAUGCAAAAUAUAAUUAUUUAUCACCCAGUUUAUUUUAUAAUAAAUGAGAUGCUGUCA